AUGGAUCAGGACCAGUUUACAGCAAGUUUGUUCAAGUGGGAUUACCCACGUAGUUCUCUUGCCUCCUCCGCACCUCCUCAGCCAAGCACGGCACAAGCGUCGUCCGCGACGCUUCCGCCAUACUUGGCUAGAGGUUUGUUAGGGAUAAGAGAUCCUGUUGGCAUACCUGGAGUAGGUAUGGGAAUGGGUAUGGGUAUGGGUAUGGGAAUGGGAAUGAGCAUGCAGGGAAUUGCAAUGGGAAUUCCAGGAAAUGCUGCUACAGCAGGAACAGCAACAGGAGCAGGAGCAGGAGGAAGUUCAGGUUAUUCUGGUGGACUGGAAGAGUUAUUCCAGGCGUACGGAAUAAGGUACUACACGGCAGUAAAAAUAGCGGAGAUGGGAUUCACAGUAAGUACAUUGGUGGACAUGAAGGAGGAAGAGGUGGAUGAGAUGAUGAACAGCCUUUCUCACAUAUUCCGUUGGGACCUUCUUGUUGGUGAGCGUUACGGCAUUAAGGCUGCAAUCCGUGCUGAGAGACGUCGUCUCGAGGAGCUCGAGGAGUCUCGCCGCCAUCGCCACCACCACAACAACAAUAUGAGCUAUUCAAAUACACCCCCGCCUGACUCUACCCACCACCCUCUUGAUGCCCUCUCCCAAGAAGGACUAUCAGAGGAAGGAGGUGUACAUGAGAAAGAGGUAGUAGGAAGUGGUGGAGGGAAUUGGGAAAUGAUGGUAACAUGCCCUACUAAUCAACACACAAAUCAAGAUGAUCAACUAAGAAAGAAGCACAGGAAACAUGAGCAUCUUCAAGCAAGGAAAACAGUUCAUAACAUGAUGAACAUAUCAGCAGCUCAUAUGAAAGUAGGGCAAGAAAGUGGGAGAAUAAUAGGGAACCACAACAAUAGUAAUAGUAACAUCGAUGAUGAAAUGGAAGAAGAAGAAGUAGACGACGAUGAAGAAGUAGGCCGUGGUGGUGGUAUUGGUGGCAGCGGCGGCGCCGAAAGGCAAAGGGAACAUCCCUUCAUUGUUACUGAGCCAGGAGAAGUAGCGCGAGGGAAGAAGAAUGGAUUGGAUUAUUUGUUCCAUUUGUAUGAACAAUGCCGUGAUUUCUUGCAACAAGUUCAGAAUAUUGCCAAGGAGCGUGGUGAGAAAUGCCCUACUAAGGUAACCAACCAAGUUUUCAGAUUUGCUAAGAAGGCAGGAGCAACAUACAUCAACAAACCCAAAAUGAGGCAUUACGUGCACUGCUACGCUCUCCACUGCCUGGAUGAAGAGACAUCCAGUGCCCUCCGACGAGCCUUCAAGGAGAGAGGAGAAAACGUUGGCGCCUGGAGGCAAGCUUGUUAUAAGCCCCUGGUUACUAUAGCUGCACGCCAAGGGUGGGACAUUGAUGCCAUCUUCAACUCUCACCCACGCCUCUCCAUAUGGUAUGUCCCCACGAAACUCCGGCAGCUUUGUCAUGCCGAGCGCAGCUCUAGUAACACAGGUGGCUCCAUCUCCGCUGCUGCAGCCGGUGGUGGGCCACACCAUCUUCCUUUCUAGUCAGUCUCCUAGAGUGCUUGUAUUCUUUGUGAAACACGAACAAGUAGGCAUGUAAUAUGGUUAAAAACUUGAA